AUGGCGAUACCAUUACCACCAUCCUUCUUGCCCCCGCCCCCGCCCCCGCCAUCGUUCGGCCGUAAGCGCCAACGUGGUGGCAAUUCCACCAUCGCAGAGCAAACCAUCGACGACGAAGACGCGAACUACAUCGUCUAUCCGAGUGAUGAUGAACAGGUCGUACCGCUUCAGGAUGAACGUCAAAUUUUUGCUGAAGAUCAAAUUGAAGACUACAGUGAUGGUAUCGAAACCUCCAGAAAUCUGAGAGCUGAUUUUCAUAGCGACUUUGAGAUGGAAUCGGACGCUGUCUUCUCAGAAGACCAAGAACCUCAGCGAAAACGUGCGAAAGCUGGCGGUGAAGGGGGGCUAGAGGAUGACAAUGAUGACGAAUACGACGACGAUAGCGAAGUUGACGGCUAUGAUGCAAACAAUUCGUUGGUUGCCGGAAUUAACAAAGGCAAGCGUCGAGUAUCCCAAAGGUGGCGAGAAGACGUUUACAGACCUACCCCUGGAGCCGACUCGGACGACUCAGACCUUAAUUUGGCAGAAGUCACGCCUGAGAAGAAACGAGGGAAGCGGAAAAGCGUCGGGAAGAUCACUAGCGGCAGCUCUAGGAAACCGACUGCAUCUGCGAACGGGCUGGUUAGGAAUAAGAGCAAGAGCACGCCUAAUCUCAGAACAGAAGACAUUCCGGAACCAAGCAAGAUUCGGAAAAGCAGGUUUUACGAGGGAAGCAUGAACGACCGGUUAACAAGAAAAGGCGGCGUCCCGCCGUUCGUAAACUACGAAUCGACGGAACAAGCGGAUACUGGGGCACCUGAGUACAAUAGCUUCGGUAUGAUUGUAUCAUCAACUUCAUCGUCGGCUAUGCCGCCACCCCCUCGCCCUUUCCCUCGGAGUGAUUUACCACAAUCUACCCCGCCUCCCCCGAAAAGCAAGUUUACAUUCUUUGCGCCCAUCAGCAACUGGUUCUCAAGGAGAUGGCAAAAAGCCACGCAAGAGUAUGAAGAGCGAGAGAGGAAGAAGGACCAGGAAGAGGAGGUCCAGAAGCAAGUCAGGGUUCUGAUGGAGAGGAAGGCGAAAGCGGAGAAAUUAUAUGCGGAAAAUAAAGUCAAGGGAAUUAACCAGCCUAGAGUGUUGGAUCAGCGAAUUGGGCGAGAGCCUUUGGUUACAGAGGAUCAGGUCCUGCAACUCUUGGAUACGCCAACUGAAAUUGGAAUUGCCUACACCACUGAUGAUGUCUACGCGGCCCCAAAGAUGAAUGAAUCGGCAAUGAGUUUAGCAACCAUCAGAGCUAUACCUUCAUUGCAAGGGCCCACACCCCGCGCCUCGACAGAAUCAACUGGGUCAGGCGGGUUCAUUGAUAGAUCACGGAGCUCCCACGCAGCCCUCGGGGGGUUUCACCAAUACAGAGAUACAAAUUUUCGAGAUGGUACACCUCUAACUACGGAUACUACAGAUCGAGAUGUUGAAGGCUUUCGGAGUAGGAGUAGAUCUCCUGUUUUAACUCCUAUAAAACCUCUCACAAAAGCGGAACAAAAGAAAAAGGAGCGCCUUGAGAAGAAAAUGUUAGAUCUUAAGAAAAAGUUGGCUGAAACGGAGUUGGACUUGUCACAAGUCCUGGGGAACGAGCCACUGGCAACCUCUACACCUGCACCCAAGGCGGCAACGAUUCAAAAGGUCCUAAAUGCGGAUGAGACUAUAAUCCUCAUUCACGAGGAUGGCGAGAAUCGAGUAGAGGUAGAUGAGGCGGACAAGAUUGUAGAGAGUGUCAUGGGCGCUCCUGAGCCAACUGCCGCGCUACCUGCCCGAAAUCGGUCGAUGUCACCCCUCAAGAAACUUCUAAACAUUGGCACGAAAAAGACCAAGGAGACAAGCAAUACCCUCCACGCUGUCAAUGAAAGCGCAAAGAUAAAGAAGUCCUCUCCUAGCAGCAGGGGGAGGGGCGGCGGUGCUAGAGGUGGAGGGAGAGGCGGGAAAGCCACCUCUAAGAAGAGGAAUGAAUCUCCCGACGAACUAACUGCUGUUUAA